AUGGCAACAUUUGACGUAUAUGGUUUGGAGAAUCUGAGUAACAGCCAAUUAAUUGAGUCACAAAUAUGUGUGGUAAAUCAGCAUAGGGAUGACGUCAGUAGCCUCAAUGUUGCAAUAGCCGGAUGGACGGUAAACCCUUCCCUGUACGGUGAUAGCAGAACACAUUUCUUUACACUAUGGACGGCAGAUGGGUAUAAAUCAACUGGGUGCUAUGAUAUGUCAUGCGUUGGUUUUGUGCCGGUAAAUUAUGCUCCUAUCACGCCAGGAGAUAUUCUAGAUCCUACUGACGGACAUCUUAAGAUCACAAUAAAGAUUUUUAAGAAUAAGGAUGAUGGUGACUGGUGGUUGCACUUUGGUCGUGAUAACCAUAACCUUAGCGCUGUUGGGUACUGGCCAAAGAGUAUUUUUAAUAAUUUAGAAGACCAUGCAAAUAACAUACAAUGGGGUGGUUACACUCGAUCUGCGCUUCAUAGUGCUAGCCCCCCAAUGGGCAAUGGACAUUGGCCCAAACAAAGAGCAGCUUCUGUUCGAGACGUCCGAUACGUCGACUCUAGUGGCAAAGGCUACGGAAUUGAUCCAUGGCCUGUUGGCCUUCGUGCUUACGUAUCCCAUAAGCAGUGUUAUGACGUUAGUUAUUUUCUUAAUGAAAUGUUUUACUAUGGAGGUCCAGGUGGUUGUACCAAGUAG